AUGUCAAAGUUAACACUGUUAUUCGCAGUUUUGGCAGUGACAUAUGUCCAUGGCAUCAGCGAUAAUUGGUGGAGGGAUGUAAUUUUGUACCAAGUUUACCCUCGGAGUUUUAAGGACAGUGAUGGAGAUGGUAUAGGGGACCUUAUUGGAAUCACAACUAAAUUGGAACAUAUAAAGGAUAUUGGAGCCGAUGUUGUGUGGCUUUCACCUAUUUAUAUAAGUCCCCAGGCAGACUUUGGCUACGACGUUACAAAUUUCACAGAUGUAAAUCCCGAAUAUGGCACUUUAGCGGACUUUACAAAAUUCAUCACUAAAGCUAAGUAUCUAGGUUUGAGAGUCAUCUUGGAUUUUGUUCCUAAUCAUUCUUCUCUACAGCAUCCUUGGUUUAAGCAGAGUGUUAAGAAAGUCAAACCUUAUGAUAGUUUCUAUAUUUGGCGAGAUGCCAAAAUAGUAAACGGGGUUAGAGAACCACCCAACAAUUGGCUAAGUGCUUUCACAGGGUCAGCAUGGGAGUGGAAUGAAGAACGUGGUCAGUACUUUCUCCACCAAUUUUUGGUUGAUCAACCUGACUUAAAUUAUCGCAAUCCGUUCUUGAACUUAGCUAUGAAAGAUGCUUUAAAAUUUUGGUUGGACAGAGGAGUGGAUGGAUUUCGAAUUGAUGCAAUUAAUUUUGCGUUUGAAGAUAAGCUUUUUAGAGAUGAUCCAAACUCCAACAUCUCUGGGAUACCGAAAGAUGACUAUGAUUCCCUAAUUCAUACAUAUUCAAGAGAUCAAAAUGAGACCUAUGGAUUAAUCGCAAAUUGGAGAAAGUUUAUGGAUAAUUAUUCGAAAAAGUACAAGAUAGAUUCUAAACUGUUGUUAAGUGAGGCUUAUACUACAUUGUCUUUGACAAUUAAAUACUAUGAUGCAGGUGCAAAUGCCUUCAAUUUUAUGUUCAUUACCCCAUUAAACAAAACAUCCUCAGCAUCGGAUUUCAAAAGAACGAUUGAUGAAUGGCUUAACAAUUUACCCAAACACAAUGUGUCUAAUUGGGUUGUUGGAAACCAUGAUCAACCUCGUGUUGCUUCUAGAUAUGGGGUCAGGAGAGCAGAUAUGAUAACAAUGCUUGCUAUGAUUCUUCCCGGAAUUGCCGUUGUGUAUAAUGGUGACGAAAUUGGAAUGACUAAUCGGAAUUUUACAUGGGAAGAAACUGUAGAUAUAGCUGGGUGUAAUGCUGGUCCUGAAAGAUACCACAUAAAAUCUAGAGAUCCGGAAAGGAUACCUUUCCAGUGGGACAAUACAACGAGCGCAGGGUUUUCCACGAAUAAGACUACAUGGUUACCGGUUCAUGAAAACUAUAUUACUGUAAAUUUGGCUGCUCAGAAGGAAGCUAAGAUUUCACACUAUCAAGUGUUUAAAGCUUUGUCAACUUUAAAGAAGAAACAUCCUGUUCUUAGAAAUGGAACAGAGGAAGUUAUUUUGAUUUCAGAACAUGUGCUUGGAGUUGUAAGGAGAUUGGAAGGUUCUUCUCCAGUGUCACUUCUUAUUAAUUUUUCGGAAAGGGAUGCUGUUAUUGAUGCUGAAACCAAUUUGAAUAUUCCAAGAGAGUUAAUUGUCUACGUAUCAAGUGUUGAUUCCAAUAUCGAUGCUGGUACACAAGUUGAUACAUCGGCUAUGAAACUUCCUGGAUAUGCAUCUGUUAUGCUUGCAUCACAAUCUCAAGUUUCGGAAUUAUUGUAUUAUUUUUGAAUUAGAAAUUGUGAAAGAAGCCUAAAAGAUUUUGUGAGAUAAUUUGAAGUUUUAAUCUGGACUUUAUAGACUUUUAACAGAUAUCUAUAAACAUGAUUUUAAUAUUAUCAUCGUUUAACCA